AUGGAGGAGGAGGGGGCCGCAACUAGGUUUCUUCACGACGACGAAGACUGCUUGGAAGAGUACGAUAACGUGAAGGAGAGCGCCAUCUUCGGCUCCUCGCUGACACCGCCUGCGCUGCCCGGCCUCAGCGACGGCAACCGCCGCGCCGAUCCUCAUCCUCCGAGCUGGGUCCUCCUCGACGUCUCCGCCUACAUAGCCGGCGGCGAUGAUGACGCCGCCGACACCACCGCCAGGUCCAGGACCAGGGGAGGCCAUGCCAUAGAGGCCACCAUGAUCGCCGCCCGCUCGCCGCUGGGCCCGGGGGCAGAUGUUCUAAAAAUCCACGUCCGCGUCCACUGCCCGGGCCUGAAGCCCACGCGCUUCGCCACCGAGCCCAGGAUCUUCGCCGCGGCGGACGGCCUCUUCUUGCUCGGCGUCGUCAUCGGCCACCGGUCCUUGUGCACCCAGCCGGACAUGUUCGACUACUUCGUCUACCAGCCCGCCGCGCGCUGGCUCACGCUUCUCCCGCACCCUGAUGGCCGCUUCGGUCUCAGGGACGUCACCCUCCUGCGCUGCAGCCCGAACAGCUCCUCCUACAUCAUCGCGUUCCUCGAGGGCACACGGGGCAUGGCGUACGAGCUCCACCGCUUCCACUCCAAGAGCAGCACCUGGACCAUGAACAAGCUGGAGCUUGCUCCCACUGCCAUAAACCCUGCCCUGGACUCCGUCUUCUUCUGUACCAGCAAGGUGUUCACUCUCGGCGGCGGCGACGGCGGUGGUUUCGUGGGCUGGGCCGACCUCUGGCGCGGCGUCCUGCUCUGCGACGUGCUCCUCGACGACCCGGAGCUCCGUUACAUCCCCUUGCCGCAUCCCUUCAGGGAGCGCAAGUGGGACGCCGUCAUAACCAGGGACAUCGCCGUUGUCGGCCAAGGUUGCAUCAAGUACGUCGACAAGCGGUCCGACGAACACUCUGUUGGUGGCUGGACAGUCACCGCGUGGAGCAAGAAGAUCGUCAGCAGACAGCCGUGGAAGGAGGAACCAUGGCGCCAGGACUACGAGUUGAGAUCUUCCGAUGUCUCUGUCCUCUUGCCGCCACUGCCCAAGCCCUUCCAUGUGCUCAUGACAGGUCAUCCUGUUAUAAGCUUGCGGGGCGACGAUGUGGUCUACUUGAUGAGCAAAGAGAGCCUCAGGGACGACACGGCGUGGGUGGUCGCCGUCGACAUGAGGAGCAAGUCGUUGCAGGAAGUGGUUGCGUUUGGCGGUGCCGGGAGAUCAAUGGGCAUAAGCCGCACCUGUAUACAAAGCAGGAUCCCUGGUCAUCCGAUGAUCACCUCAGGCAAUUCUAUCUUGAAUUAA